UGACGUAGCAGCCUGAUCCUGGGGGUUUAACUCGCGCAACGCGUAGACACACAGACCGCGUUACCUCGUGCGCUCGGACCGCGUCUCGCGCAGCUGGGAGUUCACUAGCAAGACUUCAGUUCACCGUCGUUCAAGGACAGAUACAACCCAGAGAGUGGUGUUUUUUUUCCUUCAGAUUAACAGAGGAAGAAUUAGGUCAUCGCGAUCUGGUCGAAGUGUUGGGCUCAUCAUGAAGAUGUGCGUGAUAACAGCGAUGCUUUUCCUGGUGCUCCCCGGGCAGUGCGGUAUCCUGGCUGGGAAAGUGAAUAAGCACAAACCAUGGAUCGAGACAUCCUACCAUGGUGUCAUCAUUGAGAACAUGGACACUGUAAUGCUCGACCCUCCUCUGGUCGCACUGGACAAAGACGCCCCUGUCCCUUAUGCAGGAGAGAUCUGUGCAUUUAAGAUUCAUGGGCUGGAGGCCCCAUUUGAAGCUGAGGUUUUGAACAGGACAUCUGGUGAAGGGGUGCUGAGGGCCCGGGGUCCCAUAGACUGUGAGCAGCAGAAGGAAUACACCUUCAUCAUCCAGGCCUACGACUGUGGAGCCACCCCAAGUGGAGCCAAUUGGAAAAAGAGCCACAAGGCGGUGGUUCAUAUCCAGGUGGAUGAUGUAAAUGAGUUCUCCCCAGUGUUCAGGGAGCCUUUAUACCAUGCCACUGUUACUGAGGGCAAGAUCUAUGACAGCAUUCUGCAAGUUGAGGCCUGGGAUCAGGAUUGCUCUCCGCAGUACAGCCAAAUCUGCAACUAUGAGAUCGUUACACAGGAUACACCUUUUGCUAUUGAUCGAAAUGGCAACAUCAGGAACACUGAGCGACUAAGCUAUGACAAACAGCAGCACUACAAAAUCAUGGUGACCGCUUACGACUGUGGCCAGAAAAGGGCGAUGGAGAGUGUCUCAGUUCACAUUGACGUCAAACCAGUGUGCAAGCCUGGCUGGCAAGGAUGGAACAAGCGUGUGGAUUAUGAACCUGGAACAGGCAGCAAGCAGCUCUUUUCCAAGAUGCACCUGGAGACCUGUGAUGGCCCUUUAUCUUCAGUGCGGGCCAUGGUGGAACUACAGACCAGCCAUAUUGGGAAGGGCUGUGACAGAGAGACCUAUUCUGAGAAGUCUCUGCAAAAGCUCUGCGGAGCAGCCUCGGGCAGCACAGACCUUCUCCCGGCGCCUAGCGCAUCCACCAAUUGGACGGCUUCCUUGUUGACAGACAACGGCCGAGACAGUGACCUCAUCUUCAGAUUUGAUGGACGACAGGCAGCCAAUAUCCCAGAGUGGGUCGUGCCACAGAACCUGACCGAUCAGUUUACCAUAGCAACAUGGAUGAAGCACGGGCCAAGUCCUGGACUGAGAGCCGAGAAGGAGACAUUGCUGUGUAAUUCUGAUAAAACUGAGAUGAACAGGCAUCAUUACUCUCUGUACGUCCAUAAUUGCCGCCUGGUGUUUCUUCUGAGGCGAGACUUUAUUCAGCUGGACUCCUUCAGGCCGGCAGAGUUCCACUGGAGACUGGAGCAGGUGAGGAGCCCCCGGGGCACCUUGCUUGCCAAGGGGAACGGAGAGCCCAGGUGA